CUGUAAAGGGAACAUCCACACAGCACUGAAAUGGUCUGACUGAACCAUAUGGCUGGCUUGGAAUGACCCUUAAAAAUCAGGAAUAUGUUGGUCUUGCAGGCUUAUAAUUUUUCCUUCACUGACUCACUGCUAAAGGACCAUCAUCGACCCAGUGCAACAUCCCCAAACACUUUUGUUUGAUUCGCACUAUAGGCCCAAAAGCAAGCCAAGCCAUGCUGGCUUGGUUGCGCAUCCACCAUUGUUGCUGGAAUUGUGUUGGAAAGGACAGUGUGACUGUGAAAAGAAAAUAUCCAAGCCAGCACACAGCUAAGAAGAAGGGGAAUAAGAAGGUGAAGACCCUAUCUCUGACUGAUUUCCUUGCUGAUGACAAGGGGGGCAGUGGUGCCACAAGUUACCCCCCCACCAAGCCCACUAGCAGCUGGGCAGACGAGACAGAUGACCUGGAAACAGAGGUGUCCACCUCCUGGCAUACAGAGGAGGAUAUGUACAGGGCCCCGGCCAUCGACCGCUCCAUCCUGCCGACAGCACCCCGCUCAGCCCGGGAGCCAAACGUUGACCGCUCCCGUAUCCCCCGUGGUCCCCCUUACACCGCCUUCCUGGGCAACUUGCCCUACGAUGUCACUGAGGACUCCAUCAAGGACUUCUUUAGGGGUGUGGGGAUCAGUGCAGUGCGUCUUCCUAGAGAGCCCAGUAACCCAGAGAGGCUGAAGGGUUUUGGCUAUGCUGAGUUUGAUGAUGUGGAAUCUCUCCUGAGUGCCUUGAGUCUGAACGAAGAGAACUUGGGAAACAGAAGUAUCCGUGUGGACAUUGCAGACCAGUCUAAUGAUAAAGGGAGGGAUAAUCACUCCAUGGGGGGUCGGGACAGGGACCGGGGGGGAGACUUUGGUCCAGACAAGACAGACUGUGAUGACUGGAGGGCUCCGCGGCCCAGUGGAGGAGAGAGUGACGACGGGCCGCCUCGGAGAGACGACGCCUUUGGAGACCGGUCACGGGACCGCUAUGAGUCAGACAGGCCUAGAGGAGAUGAUCGCUACGGAGGGGGCCAGGACAGGUUCAGGGAUCGCUAUGAUGACCGGGAUCGCAGAGAUGACAGAGGAGGUGGUUUUGGUGGCGGUGGUGGUGGUCGCAGGGCGUUUGGCACUGGUUACAGGCGCGAUGAGGGAGGACAGGAUAGCUACCGGCAGGAUAGCUACCGACGGGAUGACUACCGGGUUAGUGGGGAUCGCUAUGGUGACCGUGGUGGUGAUCGAUACGAGAGACGGGAGGAAAGCCGGGAUGACAGAGGUGCUGUCGAGAGGCCCAAGUUGAUCCUGAAGCCCCGUAGCGUACCCAAAGAGGUGGAGCAGAGCAACACCCCGUUUGCCCCCUCAGGCAGGGCUGCCUCCAUCUUCGGCGGGGCCAAGCCUGUGGACACGGCCGCCAAGGAGAGAGAGGUAGAGGAGAGGCUGAAGAGGGAACAGGAGAAACUGCAGCGACAGCUAGAGGACAGAAUCCCAGACCGCAAGCCCAGAGAGAGGCACCCCAGCUGGCGCAGUGAGGACCAACCUGCAGAACGCUCUCGGACUGGCAGCGAGUCUUCCCAACCAGGCAGCCAGUCUGGCAGAGCCUCCAAGCGCAGGGAGAGCGAGCGCUUGGUGGACAGUGGUCGUGAAGAGGAGCCCUCCUCCCCUGCGACCCUGCCCUCCCCUCCCAGACAGGACGGGCAGCCCCUGAAGGUGGUGCUUGCCCCGCCCCCCAAGGAGAACGCCUGGGCCAAGAGGACCACACCUGUUGGGGGCUCCAGUGAGGGCGAGGCUCGGCUGCCUGUCUCCCCCAGCAGUGACACAGCCCCACAGCUCACCAGCUCCUCAAGCUUAGCUGAUGAAGUGCCAAAGGCUGAUAAAAAAGAGGUUGAGCUCACCGAGUAAGUACAGUAUGCAGCCUUGCUAUAAUGGACGCAGACCCACAUUACAAUAUGGAGGACAAUGCAGAAGAGAGGUGGAAUGAAAGAAGUGAAGAUGUAUGAUGCCAAAAGAGUGAGAUCUCUGCUCUGCACAACAACCUGGCUGGAGCAGCAGUACAGCUCCCUUCCUGCUAACCUGCUUCAAUAGAAACCCACUCCACUGCUGACUGGCUGCACCUUCAGGACUGUACCUAAACAUAGAGAAAUAAUGACUGGUUUUAAGUAAAAGAGACUGGACGUUGAAGUUUUAAUCAUUAUAACAAUUUUGAAAGGUGGGGUUGAGAACAUGUAUUGCUACGGGUGUCGUCGCCACCCACCACCAGUCUAAAUGCUGGGCUAUGUAGGGUGUUGUCGCCACCCACCACCAGUCUAAAUGCUGGGCUAUGUAGGGUGUCGUCGCCACCCACCACCAGUCUAAAUGCUGGGCUAUGUAGGCUGUCUGAGCUCUGUCAGCCUGGUUAUGCUAAUGCUGGAGCACCUGUGUCCGAGAGGGACACAGGAGUUUUAAUAAAAGAAAACAGACAAUAAAGUCACCUUAUUUUAGGGGGCUUUGCUGACAUGCAUUAACUUUUUUUUACUAUGAGGGAAGCAAUGUUUGUGUUCCUCUGAUCAUCAUGUAUAGCAGUCAUUAGCUGCUUCUUUCCAGGAUCUUUCCCAAUACACCGUCAAUGGCUUCCUGCUUCUUUCACAGAAAGGAACCGCUUCCUUCCUUGUCUCAUCCGGACCUGCCUGGAGGUCAAUGCCUAGGCAACCAUGUCAUGGAAAAUCAUAUGAGCUGUGUGAUAAAUGUAUUGGAGGCAUGCUCUUCACUUACUCUUAUCCAUGGGUCAGGUGUCGACUGGCAUUUAAUGCAGAGGAUGUUUCAGCAUUGUUGUAUGUAUGUAACCCCACUAUCACAUGUAACUGAAGGAGAUCUCAUUAAAUGUGUCUGGAUGUU